CUAGCCGGUCGAUCUGUCGUCUCCAUCCCGUCCGAGCAGACCGCACGGCGUGCGGCGCCGCUCCGCUGCAUCAGGCGCGUGCGCUCCCUCCUCUGUGUGGCGACGCCCCGCUCCUGUACAGGCGUGCCCUCCCUCCCUCUCCGUCAGCGCCAUGAUGUCAAGGCUAUCUCAUCGGAGCAGUUGGCGGAGCUCGUGCCAUCCCGUCGGCGCCUACCGUCCUCAUCCCAGUCCUGCGAUGGUCGCCGAGAUAAGUACCUCCCCUCCCUCCACUUCCUCGUCCAUCUCGUCUCAGCCCCAAACCCUAGCAGCAGCUUUGAUUUGCUCUCUUCUUCCCUCUGCUUCCUCCGCCUCCCGAGAUCAGAACGUGGGGAUUUGUGGGUUCCGUAUCUUUUUUGUGCUUUCUCCUUUCUCGUACGGUCCUAACCUGUGUUGUUUUUUUCCCAAUUUUGCCUUAACCUAAUAUGCAACUUCUUCGAUUCUUGCCUUGGCCUGAUCUGCAACUUUUCGAUGUAGGCUGAAUGUAGGCACCGCGAUGGCCUCAGGUCACCUGGGAGGGUAAGGGUUAGAUAGCAGCAGCUGGAUUGAAGCCUUUUGAGGUUCAGCUAGCCGUGCAGAAAAAAGGAUGAGCCCUUACUGAAUCAGGUUCUUUUUUCCCUUAAAUGAGUUCGGGUCAGGUUGAUAUGCUUGAGUAAUUUUUAGUUGCAGCCUGCAAGGCAGUUGUUUAUAGUUCAUAAAUAAAUUAAGAUUUGGCUACCUUACUUAUAUUGCCUCAUGUUUUAGGAUAGCGGUAGAUUUGGAAAAUUUGCUCUUUAAUAAAAAACAAGUUGAGUUUGCCAUGAAAGCUCUGCUUGAUUUACCAUCACACAUAUGGUAUUAUAAAGUUAUAGUAACCAUAUUCUUGAAAAAAGGUUUAUUUGCAUCAAAAGGGACAGUGACCAUAAUUAUAUGAAAGAUAGCUUGGUUAGCUUGAAAAGGAAUGCUGCUUCACAUUGACCUGUCUGGAACAUGUGUUCUUAGAAUUUGGCAUGUCUGAAAUAAGUCCCUUUGCUUUAACUCGAUAUGCUUAUUUGCUCUAGCUGAACUGCACUUAUAUAUUAUCUUUAUUCCUGUUGCAAGGUGAAGAGUUUAUGUCUGCUGUUGCCUGAAUCUUCGUGUUGUUGUUGUCUUGGCAUUGCAAAGGUCAUUUCCUUCUCAAUCAAGAAAAGCACAUUGCUGUUAAAUUGCUAUUGAUUUCUGCUGUGGUUUUGCAACAAUUUGCAAAGAUGGGAGAUGUGCUGAUUCCAAGUCUCAUGACUGGUGAUUGCAAUGAUACCAUAUGCGUACGUGCUUCUAGGUUUUGGGAAUUUUAUGAUCUGAAUGAUGAGACAAAGCUGUUGCAUGCUGAUCUUGUGCUCCUUGAUGAGGAGGGUAACAGCAUACAUGCGCAGAUCUACCCCAACGCAUUUCAGCGGUUCAAGACAUUGAUAAAAGAGGGCAAUGUCUACAAUCUUGCUUGCUUUUGGGUCAAGAAAUCAAAUGACAAGUACAAACCAGUAACUAAUGAAAACAUGAUCAGCUUAUCAACAUGGACUACAAUAGAAGUGGUGGUUGAAAUUCCACAUGCUUUUCCUAUGUUCACCUACUCCCUGACUCCAAUAGAGCAACUUCCAUCUCGUGUGGACUACACAGAAUACUUCACGGAUGUCAUUGGAAUAGUCACAGCAAUCUCAAAUGUCAUAACACUAAGAGCAAGAGGAAGACAAAAUGAUAGUUUGAAGAGGGUUGUCACCAUAUGCAGUGAAAGCAAUGCUUCAAUGGAUGUCGUGCUAUGGGGUGAGCGUGCCUCUUCCUUCCCAGCUGAACAAAUGCAAAAAGAAGGAGAAGCAUUCCCACAAGUUAUCAUAUUUGUUGGUACCCUUGUCAAAAAAUACGCAUCAUCUGGAGCAGUCACCUUAGCCGGCAAUUCACCAUGCAAGUGGUACAUAAAUCUAGAUGUUCCUGAGGCGAGAGCUCUUCUAUCCAGCAUUGGAAACACAAAUCAGCCAAUUAGGUGGGAUCAGCAAAUGACACCAACUAAAGCUACACCUGCUGUUGAACACAAAAAUAUUUCUGAAAUCAAAGAUCUUAAUCCCUUCAAAUACAAGAAAAUGGACUUCUUGGUUACUAUGACAAUAAGAAAUAUUGAUAGUUCCUGGUGGUACAACUCUUGCUACAAGUGCGUGAAAACCGCUAAACCUUACGGUGACUUAUACAAGUGCACUGACAGUGAAUGUAAUUAUAUUGGCAAACCAGUCCAGAGGAACAAGCUAAGCAUGAUUGCUGGAGAUGAGACGGGUGACACAGAUUUUAUUAUGUUUGGAAGGUGGGUUCAGCGCUUGACAAAGAAAACUGCUGAUACACUUAUCGCUGAGAAUCCACAGGGUUUCAUUCCAAAUGAGAUCACAAGGCUCUUAGAAAAAAAAUCGAAUUCAAUGUCAGCUUCACAGAAAACACAACAAGCUCCAACAAAGUUUGCUUCCAGGUCCAUGCAGUAGUUGGAGAAGUAAACGACACCAAUGCUCUCCCACCAACAGGAUCUCAGUCAUCAUCACUUCUGAUAUCACAGAGUGCUAGCGGUGCUAUCCAGCGCACCCCACAGAAAAGCGCUGCCUUCACUUUAACCUCACAAUCUUCAGGGGCCAGCCAUGCUUCAAGCACCACACCAACAAAAAUAGCUACCGACAUCAAUGAGUCAUAGCUUACUCCACAGAGUCAUGGAUACAAUGAUGGGAGUCAGAUCACUCCAACCAAGGAAUCAAAUAUUGUUAUAGUACCAACAGAGGAGCAACAUACAAAGUCUGUCAAUGCUCCAGCUAUCCAUAUUCAAAGUGCAGUUGUAGCACCAACAAAUACACAACACAAGAAUGAUGACACCAUUUUGGCUAAGUCUACUGCUAAUCCAAAAGAGUCUAAGGAUGCAGUUGGUAAUUCUACAACUAAGACAAGAAAAAGGUCCCGCCCCUCACCUAGGCAAAAAAUUGCUAAAAAACUGCUGCUUGAUGAACACGCUGAAAAUGAAGAUGAUGACUGUGGCCCAUAGUCACAUAGUUCCCGGGUCGACCGGGUCGUGGGUCGGGGUCGAGGGUCGAGGGUCGAAGGUGUAUAAAAAUGCGGGUCGAAGGUAGUAGUUUGGAACGAAUGACCCCGAUUAAUCCAGGUCGACCCUCCGGGUCGAUGACACAGGUCACGUAGAUCUCAUAUGUCAUACAGUUAGAGAUGUGAGGUAAUAUGCAUAUACAAUACAAAAGAAAUGAAAGCAAAAUUCAAAAAGAAAGAAAGAAAAUAUCAACUGGGCUCCGGAAUGCUGGCCUGGCAAAGAUAUAAAAGCAAAAUGGAGAGAAAAGAAUACUUGGGCUGCCCAUGUUGGCCCAAAUAGCCCAUCACUCAUCUAACAUAACCCUAUCUUUGAGUCACUGGCCGCUGCAGUCGCAUGCUGCAGCCACAGCCGUCAUAUCUUUCCUCCCCGUUCUCCCUCUGCUCUGUGCCGCCGGCACCAAUAUGGUAGCUGUCUGCAGCACCUGGCCGUGUGCGCUGCAGCACCUGGCCGUGUGCACUGCAGCACCUGGCCGUGUGCGCUCUGGUGAUGAAUCGGGACGUGAACCUGCUGGAAUUGGGUCGACGACCCUGGUCGUCCCCGACCCUCAAUUCGGGACGGCAUUCCCGGGUCGAGGAACGUGAGGUCGACCUUGAAUCUGGUGACUAUGCUGUGGCCAUGACACAGCCAAGCCUAGUUCCAGCACCGAUGAUUAGAAUGAAGAUGCAGAUCAGCUCAUUUUGUGUUUUCCCAGCUGCAGCCAUGUCUAGAACUACAUCUAAUGAAGUGCUAUUACGUGCAAUGUUCUGUCUUUUGGAUACUUUUAUGGCUGCAAACUGUGCUAUUUCUAAGUCCUCUCUAGUUUAUUAGUACUCACUUUUAUUUGGAUUAGUAUUCUCAGCUACCUACAAAAAUGUUUGGUAGCUACUAAUGCUGAUCCUCAAUUGUAAUAUAUGGCUUGACAUAACCCAUCGGCUGCUCAUGCCAUUCAAUCAGUAAUACUACUGCUGGUGUUAGGAUUUAUAUUUGGCUGAGCAAUUGCUAUUACUUUGUUUGUCGAUCAAAGCAUUGUUGUACUAUACUCCUAAUAUCUGAAUAGCUAGAUCUUAUUAUCAAUUA